AACACAGAGUGCGAAGACUUUUGCAAAUUUUGUCAGUGCGCUCAUCUUGGUAAGCCCCGGGUUCGGCGCACGGCCAGCUUCAGAGCAUCAUAGCUGCAGAGCAUCGCAGCUGCGCAACGAACUGUCGCAGCAACAUCCCCACACCGACGACAACAUGCAGUCUCCAGAGAACCAGAUCCAGGCGACCCUCAUCAACUGUGCUCGGAGCUACGAAGUGGAAGACGUGGACUUUAGGUUCGCUCCAUUUCAAGAAUAUGAGCCACUCCCAAUCACCGGUACACCAGUUGAAGAGGGACAUGGCGAAAAUACUAGCGAUCCCUCUGUCCACCAAACCGUCAUGGAAAUAGAGGGCUCUGGCUCUUUAGAACAGCCUAGCGAGAAUAUGGCUCUGAUCAAUGUCUCCGAAAAGAACAGAGAAGAAACCGGCAACGCAGAGGAAUCCCCUCUUCUCAGCAAUAAUCGCAAACGUGGCCGUGCCAUGUCAGAACCCAUCAACAGCGGUGCUGAGGCGCCUCGUCCAACCUUGCGUAGGAGACUGGAUUCCCACGCCAACCCGUUGCGGAUCCCCGAAUUCAGCGCCGUCCGCAGGACAGCCUUGAAGCGCGACCUGUCCAAACGCAAAGACCUUGAAUGGGCUAAGAAGGAGGUUCGCACCAACUUGAAGCGUAUCCAGGCCGAGAAAGUCAUUCGCGAGGCCGAGAAAGAGAUUCGCGAGGCGAAAAAAGGUCACCCUUGAAGAGGCCGUCAAGGUAGCCGAAGCGGAGAAAGCCAUCCGGGAGCUGGCGUUGGACGAGAUCGACCAGGAACAGAUUCUGGCCGAUUACGAUGAGAGAGAGGACCGUGGAAUGGUGCUGGAGUGAGAGACUUCAGAUGGGGACAGCUGAGGUGCGGCUUCAUGAA